CUUGAUUUUGUCUGAUUCUGAUUUGUUUAAGGCAAGGGUUGAAGGGUUGUUUGUCAAGUAAUUGUAAUUGUUGUGCUGUUUUAUUAAUCUUAUGUCGAUUAUUUACAGUUCAAGGUCUAUGUAAACUUCCUUGAUUUCAGUACUCUUACUCUGGAGUUAUAUAGUUGAAGUCUACAAAUUAAUUUCUUUCUCAUUCAUAUUAUGUUGUGAGUGGAAUGAUCACAGUUUUAUACACAACCCAUUUUUAGUAUCAAAUUUUCAGAAUGACAUACCGUGAAGGAUGGAUUGAUGUAAACCAAGUCCCAACCAGAGUUCAGACUUGGGGUGGAUGGAUUGAGGAUUCGUUAGGGGAGAGUAGUGGUAGUGAUAUCAUAAUAUUUAUCCCAGGAAACCCUGGUAUAACUUCAUUUUAUCACAACUUCCUCAGCUCUCUACAUCAAGAGUUGGGAGUUCCUGUUUGGAUAGCAUGUCAUACAGGUCAUGAAGUUCCACCAAAAUCUUCUAAGUUGAAGUUCCCUCAAGACCCAAACUUGUAUGAUAUGUCUGGCCAAGUCGCUCACAAGCUAUCCUUUAUAAAAAGUUUUGCUCCAGCUAACAGGAAAUUGAUCCUUAUUGGACAUUCUCUUGGAGCAAAGAUAGUCUCAGAGCUGCUUAAAGAUGAACAAGUAGCAAAGAAUGUAAAGAAGUGCUUCUUGCUUAUGCCUACGUUAGAAAGAAUUGCUCAAACACCCAAUGGAAAGUUCCUUAGUCGGCUUUUGGCCUACUUCAUGUCUGUGAUUCUAUUCUUAGCUUGGGUAUUUUCUCAUUUCUCACACAAGUGCAGAGUGUUCCUUAUUAGUGGAUGGUUUUACCUGACUCGUCAACACAAUGUAGACAGCCAUUGUAUGGAUGCUGUUUGUAUUCUGACUCUACCCUCUGUUCUGCGACGUGUCUUCAAUCUGGCCUUAGACGAAAUGGAGAAGAUUUUGGAAUUGGAUAUUGAGGUUCUCAAUUCCAAUUGGCGCAAAAUGCAUGUUUACUUUGCCCGGAAAGAUGGAUGGGCACCACUUUCGUACAUGGACUCUUUAAAACAAGCAUUCCCAGAUAUUAAUGCCAAAGUUUUAGGGGAGCAGUUUCGCCAUGUGUUUGUUUUGGACAAUCCAGAAGAGAUGGCAGACUUGUUGGCAUCACAGAUGAAAACGGACAUAAAGUCUUCUUAGGUUAUGUAUUUACAUGCAGGUUUGUUGGUCAAGAGAGAGGAAUAUUAAAUAUAACUCCAUAAGGUGUUUUGUCUCAAAAUAGAUGGCAUAAGGUGUUGUCUUUCUUUUAGGUCAGAAAGUUCUUCUAUUAGAUUAAUAAUAUAAUUGAUUUUAAGAUCAGAAGUUUCUAACCGAUAACUAAGGGGGAUACAGGGAAUAUAUUUAAGACACAAAAUUUGGGUAGUUGUGAGGUUGUAGUUUCGUCUGCACAAUGUAGCCAUCCUGUAAUGACAUUCUCCUCUCCCCUCUCUCUCUUUGUCAUAUAUUACUGCUCUGCUCUGUUGUGCAUCACGGCAUAACUUAACAGUCAACAAUUGAAAGACAACUAGGGCUUUUGCCUCGUCAUGAAAUGUUGAAUCUUCCUUCUUUGUCAGUGUUACAUCCAAAGUGCAAUUAAAUUUCUUACUAAUAGCUCAACUGAAUCGUCACAUUCCAGAAAAAACCUUUGUACAUACACAUGUAUUAGUCAGAUAGCAAAGAUAAACCAUUCCAAUCUAUUUCUGUACUUCAAAUCUUAUUUUAAAUUUAUUAUAGUUUUUAACUUUAGAUUUAUUUGGUCCUUUGAUGACUAAUUGUUGGAUAGCUAAUUUGCAAACUCUGAGCUUAGUACGUUUUACUGAAGCCAUGAAUGGUAGAUGUUUGUUUUUUAUCAAAGAGUGAUUUUAUCCUCUUAAGCUCAUGACACACUUUGUGAAAUUGUAAUUUGAUUAUUUAACCAAAUACAUAAGCAAGUCAUUUGAAAUGCUGCGGUUCGUCCAGCUUGAAAUAAAUUGUUUAGCUUUCCUCCUAAUUAUAAAAUACUACAGCAAACAAAUAUGAAAAAAAUAAAAGGUAAAUUUUUUUAUAUAAUUUUUUUAUCAUAGACAACUAGGAAACAGCUCCUACCACAAAUAUUACAACAUAAUGCCACACAUAUUAAUAUAUAUAUAUAUUAAUAUACAGGGUGUCUAGUAGUCGGGAAAAUCGGGAAAGUCGGGAAUUAGUAUUGAAUUUCAAAAUGGUCUUGAAAAGUCGGGAUUUAGUCUUAAAUUUGAUUUCAAAGUCGGGAAUUUUCAUGAUUUUGCCGCGAUCGUCGUCUUGCGUUUACGUAACCGCAAAAGCCAAUGAUUAUGUCUACACGGCCUCGGGAAAUGUUCACGAUUUUGCCGCGAUAGUGGACGACGACGAUGACGUUUCCGAAACCACGAGACACGACGAUGACGUUUCUGUGACAGCGGGAGACUACGAUGACGUUUCCGUGACCGCGGGAGACGACGAUGACGUUUCCGUGACCGCGGGAGACGACAAUGAUGCCUACACGGCAGCGGGAAAGGUUCAUGAUUUUGCCGUGAUCGCGGACGACGACGAUAACGUUUCCGUGACCGCGGGAGAUGACGGUGAUGUCUAAACAGCCGUGGGAAAUGUUCAUGAUUUUGCCGCGAUCGCGGACGACGACGAUGGCGUUUCCGUGACUGCGGGAGACGACGAUGACGUUUCCGUGACCGCGGGAGACGACGAUGAUGUCUACACGGCCGCGGGAAAUGUCCUUGAUUUUGCCGCGAUCGCGGACGAUGACGAUUACGUUUCCGUGACCGCGGGAGAUUACAACGACGUUUCCGUGACCGCGGGAGACGACGAUGAUUUCUGCUCGGCCGCGGGAAAUGUUCAUGAUUUUGCCGCGAUUGAGGGAGAUGACGAUGACGUUUCCGUGACCGCAGGAGACGAUGAUGACGUUUCCGUGACCACGGGAGACGACGAUGAUAUCUGCUCGGCCACAAGAAAUGUUCAUGAUUUUGUCGCGAUCGCGGACGACGACGAUGACGUUUCCGUGACCGCAGGAGAUGACGAUGACGUUUCCGUGACCGCGGGAGAUGACGAUGAUGUCUACACGGCCGCGGGAAAUGUUCAUGAUUCUGCCGCGAUUGCGGACGAUGACGAUGACGUAUCUGAGUCCUCGGGAGACGACGAUGAUGUCAUUGAUGUCUACAAGGCCGCGGGAAAUGUUCAUGAUUUUGCCGUUAUCGCGGACGACGACGAUCACGUUUCUGUAACCGCUGCAGUCAAUGAUGAUAUUAAUGAUGAUGAUGUGUACGGUACGUGGAAGAUUUCAUGAUAGAAUAAACCAAAUUUGCUAGUUAGAUUUUUUUAUUGCUGUAUUAUUUCUUUACUUGAAAACACCACAUUAUCAUAAUACUACUUUAUGAGGUUGGUGUAGUAUUAUUCAGAAAAUUUGGUUAAGCUAUAAAAAUUGGUAUUGGUAUCAAGAAUCGAGAAUCGAUACAUUUUGGUAUCAACACCCACUAAUUGUUGAAAAAACUAGUCUUGAAAAAUCUGGAAUUAGUCUUGAAAAGUCUGGAAUUAGUCUUGAAUUUUAUAAUGGAAAUAAACUAGACACCCUGAAUAUAGUUUUAGUUUAUAUUCUUUAUGUUAACUGUGAUCAUAUUAUUUGUAAGGUGAUUUAAUACUUUUAUUGGUUGGGUAUUUGUGUUAAUUUAUAAACAUUUUAUACGGAUUCAUGUAAUACAGCAUGUUUUACAUUAUAUAAUUUUAUCAUAUUCUCAACUAAUUCACACUCAAUGAUUAUUGUAAAGACAACCAUUAUAAAUUAUUAUGAACUUGUAACUUAUUGUAUUGACGUGAACAAAAAACUUACUGUACUCAAAGAAAUGUUUUUUAAUGAUAUGUGAGUCAGCAGGGGCGGCUCCAGAGGCCAGGGCAAAUAAAUAAGGACAUUUAAUUACAUGUAAUAAAGGGAAAGCAUUAAAACUCAUUAUUUUGCAAUUAAUUUUUUAAAUUCCCCCCUCUUUGCAGGGAAGCCCCUCAAACCUCUUAUCAAACUCCUUAUUGAUCCUUGUCAGGCAUAGCCAAAAAUUAUUCCUAGAGCCGCCCCUGUGAGUGAGCUUGUUUAUGAUAAGAGGGAUAGUUCUCCUCUGUUAAGGAUCUAUACUAGUUUCUGGAUAUGGAAGAGGCAACUACAGCUUAAAGGAUGGUUUUGAAUUCGUAAUUUUACAGCAAAUAGCCAAUGAUGACUUAACAUUGAAGUGUUUUAUAUAUUUUAAAAAAAAGAAACUAAUAAACAAGUUUUGAAAUUUAAAAAAGUUUACGUGUUUGUAUGAUUUGUCAUGUUGUUUAUAUACUUUUAUGUUAUCAAAUUGUAAAUCCUCUAAAAACAUUCCAAUUAAAGUUUCUAUUGAGUUUUGUUAUAA